GUUAUAAUUACGUGCGGAGCGACGAAAGCGCAGUAUUCUUGUCUUGUCAAUAUGUCAUCAUGUUUGCCUUUGAACGAACUUGAGUUCGCGUCUCCUUCGCACCACUCGCGCUUCCGGACCGUUGUUAGAUGCUUCGCCGCGUAGGAAGGCGCACUCCUCCACGGCAGUGAUAGUUUAGGUAGCGUGUAGGCAGCAGGGGCAGGAGGAUUCUGGAACAACAACGAAACAACGACAAGCACAGCGGCUACAAUGGAGAGCCAGGGCCCUGAUAUUUCAUUCCUCUUUCAAUUUGGUUUAACCAGGGACAUUGUCACAGUGCCUCAGUCUUCCCUGAAUCUCAAAACUAUUAAGGAUUUGGCAUGUGACUUUAUAAACACCAAGAUUCCAGACCAUGGUAUUAAUCGUUUAAGUGAUAGAAUAAUUAUAUUCAAACAUGAAUACAAUUCCAAUAAUGUAUUGCAAAUUAUCAAUGCAGCUACUGAUAUCGUAGAUGAGACACUGGUUGAGAUUGUACUCACAGGUAAAACUCCACCAACCAGUGCCAGCCCCGAUAUGGCUAUUGUAAAGCCCCAUGCUCUCUCCGUACAUUCCUACAAGACUCCAACGUUUUGCGACUUCUGCGGCGAGAUGCUCUUCGGACUAGUGCGACAGGGUCUGAAGUGUGAUGGCUGCGGGCAGAAUUAUCACAAGCGCUGCGUGGUGAAGGUGCCCAACAAUUGCACCUAUGUACUGAUGGAGGAUAAGACGCGACGCCGUUCAGGCCAACUGCAAGUGCCGCGCAGUCCCUCCGGCGGCUCGAAUUGCUCAGGGAACUCUUGCAAUUCGUCUUCGACGAACAACACCAACGCCACUCAGGAUGACAAUACUCUGCUGAUACCGAAAUCGCCGAAUUUAGGCGGGCGGCCUUUAUGGGUGGAGAAAGAGCUCUCUGGACGUGUGCGUAUUCCGCACACGUUUGUAUUGCACAGCUACACGCGCCCGACUGUCUGCCAGCACUGCAAGAAACUGCUCAAAGGGCUGUUCAAGCAGGGCUUGCAGUGCAAAGACUGCAAUUAUAACGCACACAAAAAGUGCAUCGAAAAAAUACCCAAGGACUGCACCGGUGAAUUACAAACGGGCCAUUAUGAAUCAAAUUUAGCCGAUGUUGAAUCAUCAGCAUCCAGCUGUAGCCAUCUGACAGAGGAUGAAAGCGAAUGGGAGAAACCCGAUAUACCGACACCGCCGCUCAUUUCAGUGCCGAAUGGCACGACAUAUCCGGAAGCCUUUCCGGUGCAUGACACCGAAGACAACGAUUCAAUACCCUCAUCCUCCUCGUCCUCACCCAGCGCCAACAUCCCGCUGCAGCGGAUUGUGCAAUCCGUCAAGCAUACCAAACGACGCGGGUCGAAGAUUAUGAAAGAAGGUUGGCUGGUGCAUUUUACCAAUAAGGAUCGCACUGUACGACGCCAUUUUUGGCGCUUGGACACCAAAUCGAUCACGCUCUUCCAAAGCGACCAAGGUUCGAAAUACUACAAAGAUAUACCACUCGCUGAUUUAUUGACUGUGGACACAGCACGCUUGAAACAGGGCGAAGUCAUGCAUUGUUUUGAGUUGCGCACUGCUAACAUCGAUUACUUCGUCGGGCAGGACCCGCUGCAUGAACUGCAAGAAAAUGGCGGAAAUGUAACUCUUCCACCGCCUGAUAGUGGAAUAGGUGCUUAUCUCGCACGUAGUUGGGAGACUUCCAUUCGCCAAGCAUUGAUUCCAAUAAAUGCUAACAUGCGCUCCGAAGCCGAGGGGGAAUCAGAGGAACAAGUUACAGACAUGAGUCAGAUCUUCCAGAUAUUCCCUGAUGAAGUCCUCGGUUCGGGGCAGUUUGGUAUUGUGUAUGGCGGAGUGCAUCGCAAGACAAAUCGUGCCGUUGCGAUCAAAGUAAUCGAUAAACUACGUUUUCCCACGAAACAGGAAGCGCAGCUCAAGAACGAAGUCGCCAUCUUGCAGAAUCUCUCACAUGGCGGUGUGGUUAACCUAGAGAGAAUGUUUGAAACUCCUGAACGAAUAUUUGUAGUGAUGGAGAAGUUGAAAGGCGAUAUGCUAGAGAUGAUUCUGUCGCAUGAAAAAGGCAGAUUGACGGAACGCGUGACGAAAUUUUUAAUCACGCAGAUACUCAUCGCGUUGAAACAUCUGCAUAGCAAGAAUAUCGUACACUGCGAUUUGAAACCGGAGAAUGUGCUAUUGAGUUCCGACGCAGAGUUUCCGCAGGUGAAGCUGUGUGAUUUUGGUUUUGCGAGGAUCAUUGGCGAGAAAAGUUUCAGACGGUCUGUUGUAGGCACGCCUGCAUAUCUAGCACCGGAAGUCCUUCGGAAUAAGGGCUAUAAUCGAUCGUUGGAUAUGUGGAGCGUCGGAGUCAUAGUCUACGUGAGUCUAAGCGGCACAUUUCCGUUCAACGAGGACGAAGACAUCAACGAGCAAAUUCAAAACGCGGCGUUUAUGUAUCCUCCCAAUCCAUGGAAGGAAAUCUCAUCGGACGCCAUCGAUCUUAUCAAUAAUCUCCUGCAAGUGAAACAGAGAAAGCGUUACACUGUGGAUAAAUCGUUGCUGCAUAUUUGGCUACAGGAUUAUCAAACCUGGUGUGAUCUGAGAACACUCGAAAAUCAAAUUGGGAUGCGCUACCUAACGCACGAAAGCGACGACGCGCGUUGGGAGCGUUAUCGGUCUGACUGCCCGCUAUGACCGCACAAGAGCUGGCUGCACAACGUAAAGAAGUGCCUAAGCGCUUUAAAAGUAUAGCAGUCCGCCCCCCAUUGCCCCCGGCGCCACCCCAAAACAAACCCUCUCUCUCUCUCAACCGCGCCCCGCUCGCCACGCCCUCAUCCUUUUACUUCCGCCGCCCCGUGCGCCAACUUUACGCUCAUUACUACUCUCUUAAUGUCUUUUACGCGCACUUUGAAUGCACUUUAACUCGUUACUUAGUAAGUACUUAAACAAAACAAACAAAAACUCACCGACACAUUCGAUUUUCAUUUCGAUGCGAUAUGGUGAACUCUAGACCAAGAUGGCGGGCGCGCACAAAAUGGCCGCGCGCAGAAACACAAACAAAACCGUACUAUUGUUUAUUAUUUAAGCUUUAAUCUAAGGAGUAAUACUUUAUAUAUCGUUUUUUAUUACUAUUAUUGAUGAGAUUAUUUGGAGUCAUUCCGAACGUUUACGAAUUUUAUUAUGAUUGUAUUCACUAUACUCACUCGUUGCCGCGAACGAAUUGGUGCAUUUUUUGCGAACAUUACGCCUAGGAUGAUAAGCGACGAUGGAAACUGAUCCAUCGAAGAGAUACUAAACUAAUACAAAGUGUGUACUUAUACAAUUGGCCGCCUCCUCAGGUGGGAUAGGAUGGCGGCCCCCAAUUUGGCCUAAUUAACGUGCUUCAGUAUUGUACUUAUUACGAAGAGUGAUGAAGGUACAUUACGAUUAUUACAAACCGUGUAGUGUUUUAUUGUUGUCACGUAUCUGUUGUUGUUGAUUAAUGAUGAAGAUAUUACGCAGCGCCGACGCACGGGAAGCAAUCGCCUAAUAAUAAUUCUAAACGAUGGAGUCGAGCGAAGCAGGGGAAGAGUCGGCGUUGUGCGUCGAUUAUAUUGAUAUUUUAUUGAAACAAACACAAAUAAGGUGCAAUUACGGCGUUUGUAAGCUCGAUGCAUGUUCUUUAUAUAAUUUUUUUUUAUUAUUAUUAAAAUUAUUGAGAUAUAGAAAGCGCGGUACGCUGAAAUUGUGACCGUCGAUGGUUGUGUCGCAUGCGUGCGUUUAAUUCGAUUGAAUAAUUACGAUUAAACUGUUGGCUUGGGUACAGGGAUAUACAAAAUUACUAGGAUAAUUAAAUGUAUUAUAUCUAAAUU